AACUCAACUGUUGAGGCUCAGUCCUCCCCGGCCAGGUUAAUCAUCAAUGCCUAGAGAGCCGGCUGUUCUUUAUCUCCGUUCCCUAUCGCCUUUUCAGUUGGGCAAAAGAUUGAGUAAUCCCUCUCCUCUCUCUUGUAUUAACCCUGGAGGGGCUCGGCCAGGGAAGUCUGAGCCUAUAAGGCCGCUUAUUCUUUGGGAAACACUCUCUAACAGCAUGUUUGAGGGGGCGGGUGCCCUCCCUUCUUCCUCCCCCCCACCGCCCCCUGCGGUCGCGCAGCUGCGCCCCAGCAGUUAGAACAUAGGGCGCCUCUCUAGGGUCAUUUCCAAGCACCUGUCCCAACCGGAACGGCGCCAGGGUCACCUGGCCCAAAGGAAAGAGGACUUGGGGGUACAAACGCCCCAUCGCCUUCCACUCCUUGCCCCACCUCAGGCCUGGGACGCCGCCCACCCUUCCCCGCCUCCCGGGCUGGAGCCAGGAACUGCGGGCAGGUAAGCCUCCUUGUGGGCGGGGCCUGGCUCCAGUGGGCGGGGCCUGGCUCGAGUGAAACCUACCCGGCCCGCCCGGUGAGUGUCUCCCAGGGCCGCGCGCCAGGAGCCCUAGCCGGAGCCGGAGACUCGCAGCUUCUAUCCCAUGGCCGGGUCUCCCCGCCGCACCGCGGGCCGGCGACUGCAGCUGCCCCUGCUGUGCCUCCUCCUCCAGGGCGCCACCGCCAUCCUCUUUGCGGUCUUUGUCCGCUACAACCAUGAAACCGACGCUGCCCUCUGGCACUGGCACAACCACAGUAACGCGGACAAUGAAUUUUACUUUCGCUACCCAAGCUUCCAGGAUGUGCACACCAUGAUCUUCGUGGGCUUCGGCUUCCUCAUGGUCUUCCUGCAGCGCUACGGCUUCAGCAGCGUGGGCUUCACCUUCCUCUCGGCCGCCUUUGCCCUGCAGUGGUCCACACUCGUCCAGGGGUUCUUCCACUCCUUCCACCAUGGCCACAUCCAUGUAGGCGUAGAGAGCAUGAUCGAUGCUGACUUCUGCACUGGGGCUGUGCUUAUCUCCUUUGGUGCCAUACUGGGCAAGACUGGGCCGGCUCAGCUUCUGCUCAUGGCCCUGCUGGAGGUGGUGCUGUUUGGCCUCAACGAGUUUGUGCUCCUUAGGCUCCUCAGGGUGAAGGAUGCAGGAGGCUCCAUGACUAUUCACGCUUUUGGUGCCUACUUCGGGCUGGUCCUCUCCAGGGUCCUCUAUAGGCCCCAGCUGGAGAAGAGCAAGCAUCGCCAGGGCUCCGUCUACCAUUCGGACCUCUUUGCCAUGAUUGGGACCAUCUUCCUAUGGAUCUUCUGGCCUAGUUUCAACUCUGCACCCACUACGCUGGGGAAUGGGCAGCAUCGGUCGGCUCUCAACACGUACUACUCCUUGACUGCCAGCACCCUCAGCACCUUCGCCUUGUCAGCCCUUGUCGGGAGGGAUGGGCGGCUGGACAUGGUCCACAUCCAGAAUGCCGCACUGGCCGGAGGGGUUGUGGUGGGGACAUCGGCUGAAAUGAUGCUGACACCCUUUGGGGCUCUGGUAGCUGGCUUCCUGGCUGGGACCGUCUCCACACUGGGGUACAAGUUCUUCACGCCCACCCUUGAGUCAAAACUCAAAGUCCAAGACACGUGCGGUGUCCACAACCUCCACGGGAUGCCUGGGGUCCUGGGAGCGCUCUUGGGGGUCCUUGUGGCUGGACUGGCCACCCAUGAAGCUUACGGAGAUGGCCUAGAGAGCGUGUUUCCACUCCUAGCCAAGGGCCAGCGCAGCGCGACGUCUCAGGCCAUGCACCAGCUCUUCGGACUGUUUGUCACACUGAUAUUUGCCUCUGUGGGUGGGAGCCUUGGAGGGCUCCUGCUGAGGCUGCCCUUCUUGGACUCCCCGCCAGACUCCCAGUGCUACGAGGACCAGGUUUACUGGGAGGUGCCUGGGGAGCAUGAGGAUUUAGCCCAGGGACCUCUGAGGGCAGAGGAACUGGAGACUCGGGCCUAACUUGCUUCCAGGCCUUGAAAGGACGCUCUCCUUUUAGAAUAUGAUGGCUGGCUACCGUUGGGAAGCUUUUCUUUUCUAGUUCCCAUCACUUCUGCUGCAAGAAAGAAGACAGGAGCCGGAAGGAGCCUCCUUACCAUAGGCAGCAUUGGGGGAGGGGCUGUAACUAGUGUGGUGAGGGGAGAGCCUCACACAGCCCCACCCCACCGCCCCACGCCCUGCAAGUGAGGCCCCCAAGUGACUGCUGAUCCACUGGACCAGCAUCACUCCGUUACAGUGAAGCCUGAGCCAGGGCCUGGCUCUCUGAGGGUGAUAAAUACCACAGUCACCGAGGA